AUGGCUACUCCCCCACAAUCGACAAACCCUAAACCACUGAACCCACUUGCACCUCCCUUCGAACCGCCAAAAAUACCUGAAACUCAACCCAACUUGCUUCCAAAUUUCUUCGUCUUACCCAAUGAGACCUUUCAACAGCCCCUGCAGACUCCGGUAGAACAAGCGAUGACGCGUCGGUUUCUACACCUUCCUGUGGUGACUUAUCAUCCUACACCAGUUUGGUCAUCUUAUCAUUAUAAAGUUGAGAGUUAUGAUGCAUACUCGUUUCUGCAACGCGACUUUACACCGUAUUUCAUGACUGGUGUAGACGAAAAUGUUAGGUGUAAAACGGGGCCGCCGGAGGUGAAUGUUUCUGCAAACGAAUAUGGUUUUCUGGAGUGUAACGAGAACAGAAACACUGCUCGAAUAAAAAAAAGGUUCAUCUCCCGAUGGUGGAGGGGACCAAAAAAGGGUACUUCGAGGAAGUGGGCACCUAAGCUUGGUCUGAGGAGUGAUGAUUGUGAUCUACAUAGUGUUCGAUCUCCACCGAGUGACCACGAUUUGCGGCUUGUAUGUGUUGAUAUUCUCAUGGUCUUAUUUGAUUACCUUGUUGUGGUCGAUGUGAGUAGGAGGCAUGACUUGCUGCGGAUAUUGGACCUGCAUUGCCGGGAAGAAAAUUCGCAGGCUAAGUUGCGUUCAGACCCAUGUAGGUCCGAGUACGAUUUCGUUUAUUUACCAAUGGAUUUCGGGUUUCGCGCCAAUCUCGGAUAUGCUUUCGUCAAUUUUACGACUCCUGUUGCUGCAGUAAGGUUCUCUACAGCCUUCCACCAACAUGAAUGGCUGGGUCAGGUUCCUGGUGUUUCAAGGAAGAAAAUAUGUGAAAUAACCUGUGCUUUCAUCCAGGGGAAAGGAGCUUUGAAGAAUCAUUUCGAGCGCUCCAAGUUCCCGUGUCACACCAAUGGUUACUUGCCUGUUGUCCUGUCACCUCCACGUGACGGUUCAAAUCGUAGCAGGCCAACCCUUGUUGGGAGGCGUACAGGUGUUGCAGCACCGCCACCUGUCAAUCGUAGAAAUUUUUUGUUAAGGAUGGCGAAAAAAGAACGUUCUGAUUAA